AUUUUUCAGAAGUAGAUGUGCAGAAUCAACUGAUAAAAACACCGGGCAGCAGCACAUACAAAAGAGCAGCCGGAUUGUAUUACUCCCCCUCAAAAAGCACGGGCUAAAUUCAGCAGAUCAACAAAAGGAAUUUGCCCUCAGCCGAUCAGCAUACACACAGCAACUCGACGCACAGAUGGAAAUCCCAAGAAGCUCGGUACGAACAAACAAAAUUAAGGGGGACAAGCCUUUUUGCAAACCCACGAUAUCAAAUUCCAAAAAAAGAGGAUAAUGACAAUGAUGCAGCAAUAAUUUCUUGUAUUGAAACAAAUCAAUAAUUGGUCCGUCCAGAAAAAUGUCGAUCGGGAGAGCAGCGGCGGUGAUCGCUGCUAGGACUGGAAUAUACAGAGAUAGAGACAGGAAGAGUAACCCGUCUUCGUCGCAUUUCAACUCCAAAAACGAACGGAGAGCGAAUCGUCGCUAGGAUUGUAAAUCAUAGCAGUGUGAUCGGAAGGGAGAGGCGAGGGGAACGGGAAGCAUAACCGGAAAUCGGCGAGUUAUCUCAUCCCGAGGAAAGAUGAAAAGAUUCAGAGCCAAGAGAAAAACUCCAACCAGAAACUAUACGCAGAUCUAAAGAUCUUACAAGGUAUUUAGUCUGAUAAGAAGGUGGAAUAGAAUGGUCUGUGAUUUUUCCAUUGCUCUCUAUAGUGGGAUUUUAAAGGAGGAGAGUUUUAUUUAGAGAUGGGUGAUGUUGCGUUGCUAAUUGAAGCCUCAGGGUCCAGAUUUACUGAUCUGGAGCUCAUUGGUAGAGGUUCAUUCGGUGAUGUCUAUAAAGGGUUUGAUAAAGAGCUGGGCAAAGAGGUUGCCAUUAAGGUUAUUGAUUUAGAAGAAUCGGAGGAUGAGAUUGAGGAUAUUCAAAAGGAAAUCGCAGUCCUGCAACAAUGUCGAUCUCCAUAUAUUACGGAGUAUUAUGGGUCUUACCUUAACCAAACAAAGCUAUGGAUAAUAAUGGAGUACAUGGCUGGCGGCUCCGUUGCUGAUCUAAUUCAACCAAAUCAACCACUGGAUGAAAUGUCUAUAGCUUGCAUUUUGCGUGAUUUACUACACGCGGUCGAUUAUCUUCAUAGUGAAGGCAAAAUUCAUCGAGAUAUCAAAGCGGCAAACAUCUUGUUAUCAGAGAACGGGGAUGUGAAGGUGGCAGAUUUUGGUGUUUCUGCUCAAUUGACAAGGACAAUUUCGAGGAGGAAGACAUUUGUAGGAACACCAUUCUGGAUGGCACCGGAAGUAAUUCAGAAUUCUGAAGGAUACAAUGAAAAGGCAGAUAUUUGGUCUCUGGGUAUAACAGGCAUAGAAAUGGCGAAAGGAGAACCUCCAUUAGCUGAUCUCCACCCAAUGCGAGUUCUUUUCAUCAUACCUCGAGAAAAUCCACCACAGCUAGAUGAACACUUCUCUCGUUCAAUGAAAGAGUUCAUAUCAUCGUGUUUGAAGAAAAAUCCCAUUGAGAGGCCUAGUGCAAAGGAACUUUUGAGACAUCGUUUUAUCAGGAAUGCAAGGAAGAGCCCAAGGCUUCUGGAGCGGAUCAGGGAGCGCCCUAAGUUUCAGGUAAAGGACAAUGAAGUAUCGCCUAGAAGUGGUCAAAAGCCUUUAGGGGAAGCAUCAGGCACUCUUAAGGUUUCUAGAGAUUCUGGAAUUGAUAAUACUGUUAGAGUGAGUCAAGGGAAAACCCAGAAAAAUGCCGGAUGGGACUUCAACAUUGAAGGAUCAUCUAGCACAGGAACAGUGCGAAGUGCUUUCAGGCCUCCCCAAGGUAGGGAUAGGAAACCAGACAAUCCAUUGAACCAAACUCUGUCAAGAAAAAAUCUUGAUAGUCAUAACCAUGGGCCAUCUGCUUCUGGAGUUCUCACUUAUAAUUUGUCAGAAGUGUCCAGUGGGAAUGAUCCUGGAGAUGCGUCCAUGCACAAGAAACAAGAUUCCUACUCUGAAGAUGAAGAACUAUCUGUGAGCGGGACUGGAACUAUGGUCCUUAGAACUCCAAGAACAGUUCAUUCGUCUCUAGUUAGUGACCGGAGUUCUCUGUCUAGCAGCGCCCAUGCUUUGCUUGAGGAUGGUUCCACUAGUAGUGGCACUGUCGUAUAUCGUGGACGAAAUGAUGAUUCAGAUUCUCCCCAGACUCCUAGAUCUCGGUUGGGUAUUCAAGAGAGAUCCUCAAGCGCUUCUAUUGAAGACAGUGAAACAAACCUGCUGGAGGCAAGGGCUUCCAUGCAAGCAGGCUUAAAGAAAGGAAGUCCUCGAGAAAGGUCGAUGUUGGGUAAAGGGCACAGAGAUGGACAAGAAAAUAGAACAGAUCAAUCGAGGGUGGAUUCUUCGAGAUAUUCUCGUGACUACUUUGAUGCACAGAAAGCAUUCUCAAGAUCUCACCAUACUAGUGAUGUAGAUGAUGCUGUUAGGAUUCCAGCCACACAAUCUUCUGCUACACUAUCUACUCUUCUUGUACCUUCUCUAAAGGAGGCUGUUGCUGGGGAUGUAGAUGGAUCGUUUGCACAUACAAUGACAAGCUCUUUUAUGGAGAUUGAGCGCCUAAAGCCAGGGUCUUGUGAUCUCUUUGUAACAAGGUUACUUCAGCGUUUGGCAAGCUCGAAGGAACCCUCUUUAAAAGAUCUGCAAGAACUGGCUGCCCGCAUCCUUACAAAGGGCAGGCCAGAAGCUGAGAGUUCAAGCACAGAAAGUAGUGAUAACAAGAAAAAACAGCAAAGCAAGGAACCCGAAUCAAAUCCCAAUCUGAGCUCUCUUGCAAAGUUUUUACUGUCAAGAUGGCAAGGACAUGCGUCGCGCGACCUAAGUUAGUAAUUCUUGGGAUGCCUUUUGAUUUUGAUUGCUUUUUUCUAUGAUUUCAAUUAAAUGUACAUAUCCUUAUAAGAAAACCAGUUUUAUAUGUUCUAAUUCUUUCCUUCUUUUUCGUGUUUUUUAUGGGUUCAUGAAAUACCGAAUCUCUAUUCGUGCCUUGUGUUACCUAGUAUUCUUGCAGUUUACGUGUUAGUCUUGUUUAGUUGGUCUGUUUUUUCAUAAGUAAACACAUAAACACUAAUGAGCUGUAUUUAUUCGUGUAAAGUUUGUGCAAGAAAAUAUAUGUUUUUUG